AUGACGACCGCCUUUUCGACAUCGGAUGUCGAUGCCCGCGUCGCAGCACUCCGGGAACAAAUUCAGGCCACCGAGGACCAACUCGCCCAACUUCGCGAACAACUAGCUCACGCCGAGGAGGCCCAACACCGCGCCCAAGAUGCUGGCAAGCUCGAGACGGACUGGCAGCAAGAGAUUAUGGGAGCUUUGAACAAUCCGGAUCACCAAUACUACCAGCGAGAACAAGCGCCGCAGCGAUUCGGUCUCAGCAACGCAGACUUCAAGCGCUAUGGUCGCCAACUCAUCAUGCCGCAGGUCGGUCUGCACGGUCAAUUGCGACUGAAGGCUGCUCGAGUCCUGAUCGUCGGUGCCGGAGGACUGGGCUGUCCAGCUGCUGCAUAUCUCGCUGGCGCUGGCGUCGGUACUCUGGGUCUGGUUGAUGGCGACACUGUCGAAGAAUCGAAUCUCCACCGCCAAAUAGCCCACUCCACCGACCGCAUUGGCAUGUUCAAGGUCGACAGUGCCCUGACCAAUCUACGCGGUCUAAAUCCAAAUCUCAACUACAUCCCACACCGAGCUCAUCUCACUCCGACUACUGCUUUGGACAUUUUCUCAAACUACGACUUGGUGUUGGAUUGCACAGAUCACCCAACUUCACGCUACUUGAUCUCAGAUGCUUGUGUCUUGUCUGGGAAGCCUCUGGUUUCUGCUUCCGCUCUACGAACAGAGGGUCAACUCAUCGUCCUCAACAACCCGCCAAGAGCUCCUGGCGCAUCAGAAGGUGGUCCUUGCUAUCGCUGUGUCUUCCCUCGACCACCGCCAGCCGAGUCGGUCGUCAGCUGCGGUGAGGGCGGCAUCUUGGGUCCCGUAGUCGGCGUCAUGGGUCUGCUACAAGCCCUCGAGACACUCAAGCUCAUCACAGCGUCCCCAGACGCAGCAGCACCGCCUCCAUCUCUCCUCCUCUUUUCCGCCUACAGCACACCUCAAUUCCGUAAUGUAAAGCUGCGCUCAAGACGUGCCGACUGUGCUUCCUGUUCCGCAAACCACACAGUCACAGAGUCCAGUCUGACAUCUGGCUCCAUGGACUACAUAGCCUUCUGCGGCGUCACCAGCCCGAUUGACAUCCUCCCCCGUUCCUCCCGCAUCAGUGCCGGUGAACUCCUCUCCACUCUUUCCUCAUCCUUACCACACGAUGACGAAGCUCCUGUCAUUCUCGACGUCCGCGAUGCCACACAAUUCGAACUGUGCAGUCUACCAAACAGUAUAAACCUACCUUAUCAAGGUCUAUCCAACCGUCUUCGCGAUGACAAACAAGUUCUCGAAGACCUACGGGGCAGAGAUGUCUUGGUGGUGUGUAAACUAGGCAAUGACUCUCAACUCGCCGUUCAGAUGCUUUCUGCAGCGACUCCAGAGAUGAAGAGUGUAAAAGACGUACAAGGAGGCUUCCGAGCAUGGAGAAACGAAGUGGAUCCUGAAUGGCCUGAUUACUAG